AUGAGUUGGCUUCCGGACGAGGUAGAUUACGGCUACGGCUCCGUCGAUGAAGCCGACCUCGAGCGCAGGCCUUGUGGUCUGCAUCCAAAGACCCCUCCACCGCAGCCACCGGUUGCAGCCACUGAGCUCAAGAUCUCAGGAGUGAAGAUGUUCCGCAACGCCAUAGCUCUAGCAAGCUCCACCUUGGAGUGGAAGAUGGGCAUACAGGAAGGCCAUUUCGCCUUCACAGACUGGAAUUCCCUAGCCAAAGCUAAGGGAUUGAAGCUCAAUUGCCCUCGCGAAGUGCUGAACCACUGCAUCGACCGCAUCGACCGAGGCACGCAUCCACAUUUCGAUACCUUAAGCUGGAACAUCGACCCCUUCUUCAAGAAGAUCAAGAUCAACCACGCCACCACGCGCGCCGGUUUGCCUCACGUUUCCCUCCCAGUUAUUGUGCGCAUCCAGCCACUCGCCGACCUCAGAGCGCAUCCGUCUGAAUCAUGGACAGAUCUGAGUGCCGAGGAAGCCCAAUUCCGGUCGCAACUGUGGAGAAGCAUGGUCACAAAGUCAUCAUACAUCUUCAAUACGAAGAUACUGCUCUUGGUUCUCCUCUGCGCGCCCAAGAUCAAGUUCAAGUUCGUACGGCUCGCCGAAUCUUUCUUCGUUUCCGACAACGACAGCUGGUAUGAGACGGUGGUGGAAAACGUCUUAGCGAGCUAUGCAGAGAUGCAUGAGCAAGAUACGUGGAGGGUGAGAGAAAAUUUUGGGGAGGUGACAGCGCUGCUGCAUGGGCAGGAUAAAGAUAUGGAGCUAGAGUAUUGA